UGUGUAGGUCACGUGCAAAAAAGAAUGGGUAAACGUCUACGUGAUCUAGUAAAUAAAACUGUUGAACAUAAAGUUGUAAAAACCGGAAAAAAUGCUGGUAAAACAAGACAAAGUAAAUUACUCGGUAGCAAAGGAAAGCUCACUGGAAAAGUCAUUGAUAAUUUGAGUCGAUACUACGGAGCAGCAAUCAGACAUAAUUGUGAUUCUUUAGAAGGAAUGAAAAAUGCAGUCUGGGCAACGUUCUACCACCAGCAGUCAACAGACGAUUACCCUCAACACCAUAAGUGCAUGAGCGGUGAGAAAUCGUGGUGUUCGUAUCAAAAAGCUUUGGCCACAACAGGAGUGGAAAAUUUCAAUCAUGACUACACUCCACUUCCACAAGAUGUCAUAGAAGCGAUCAAACCGAUUUAUGAAGAUUUGAGUAAAGACGAACUUCUAGAAAGGUGUCUUGGAGGUUUUACUCAAAAUGCCAACGAAAGUUUGAACCAGCUGAUUUGGAGAAUUGCACCGAAAAAAUUAUCUGGCAGCAGACAAAUUGUUAAAUUUGCAUCUUAUGUCUGACAUGGACGUCAGUGUCGGCCCAAGCGCUCAAGAGUAUGCAUCAUCUACGGACAGCAAUCGCAUUGAUAGGGCCGAGUUCCAAGCUGUGCAGCAGAGCAAAGAAGCCAGAAUAAAACGAAGACU